UUGUUAACUACAAAGCGAAUAACAUGGCGGCUCAUCGCAUUUCCUUCUACCUUCCAAUCAAAAGCCAUCUAAACUCCACAAUCACUUCAACCCCAUCUACCAAUUUCCCACCUGGAGCCAACGGGUGACGGAGACCAAUGUUCUCAACUGGGCUCUCUUUGUUUUCACCACCGCACGCUCCGAUCCUCUGUUCUCCCCUGCAUCCCACUGAAACCCCUCCAAAAUCUCAUCCCUUUUUCCAGUUUUCAUCUACUCCCACCAAAAAAAUGGCGGCCACAACGCCUAUUGCGAUAACGACUAGCUUCGGGCUCAAGAAUUUGAUGGAGACAUUCACAGUUGAUGUGCAGAGAGCAGAGAAUAGACCACUGAAUGUCCCUUUGAUUGCGCCUUUUACGAUUUCAUCGUCGAGGCUUGAGAGGGUUGAGAAUGUGGCAAUUAGAAUUGAGCUGAGAAAUGGGUGUGCGGGGUGGGGUGAGGCUCCAAUUUUGCCUUUUGUGACUGUAGAGGAUCAGAGUACGGCUAUGUCAAAGGCGGCGGAGGCAUGUGAAUUUCUAAAGCGGAGUCCGGCAAUGACGAUGGGAUUGUUGUUGGCGGAGAUUGAUGGGAUUCUUCCAGGACAUGAGUUUGCUUCAGUUAGAGCAGGAGUUGAAAUGGCAGUGAUAGAUGCAGUAGCUACUAGCAUAGGCGUGCCUCUGUGGAGACUAUUUGGGGGAGUUUCAAAUACCAUAACAACUGAUAUAACAAUUCCAAUUGUUUCUCCAGCUGAAGCUGCAGAAUUGGCUGCAAAGUAUUACAAUCAAGGAUUCAAUACUUUGAAGCUUAAGGUAGGAAAGAAUCUGAAAGCAGAUAUAGAAGUUCUUCAGGCCAUACGUGGUGCACAUCCUGAAUGCUCGUUUAUCUUGGAUGCUAAUGAGGGAUACAAACCAACAGAAGCAAUUGAAGUUCUUGAAAAAUUGCAUGAAAUGGGGGUCACUCCUGUUCUUUUUGAACAACCUGUUCAUAGAGAUGAUUGGGAGGGUCUCGGUCAUGUUACUCGUAUUGCUAAAAACAAAUAUGGGGUAUCUGUUGCCGCUGAUGAAAGCUGUCGGAGCUUAGUUGAUUUCAAGAAAAUAGUCCGAGGAAAUCUUGCAGAUGUCGUUAACAUUAAACUUGCCAAAGUUGGGGUAGUGGGGGCCCUUGAGAUUAUUGAGAUUGCAAGAGCAUCGGGAUUGCAUCUGAUGAUUGGUGGUAUGGUUGAGACUAGACUGGCCAUGGGCUUUGCUGGCCAUCUUGCUGCUGGCCUUGGGUGUUUCAAGUUUGUUGACCUAGACACACCCCUUUUGCUAUCCGAAGAUCCAGUUCUUGAGGGUUACGAGGUCUCGGGUGCUGUUUACAAGUUCACGAAUGCUCGAGGCCAUGGUGGUUUUCUUCAUUGGGACAAUAUUGCUUGAACUACAACUUUCGUUGCUUCCUUACCUCUGGAACUAUGAGUGGAGCUUGUGAGACGUAUGAUAAAAGAUUGAAAUAAUUUUCAUUUGAGCAGUGUGCUACACCCACUGAGGGUGUGCCACGAAAUGGGAAGAGUAAAAGUCUUUUUUUAUUUUUUGAAUUUUUUUCAUUCAUUUUUCUAAUAUCCUUGAACAUUUAAAAAAAAAGAAAAAAUCACAAAAUCAUUAAAAAACACUUCCUUAAUCACUAAUUUAAAAAAAAAAAAUUGUCAGGACCCAACAGUGAGAGUAGAUUUACUCUUUUCAUUGUAGCAAAUCACUUCACCUUGUGUGAAUAGUUGUUUUUGUUAUCAUUGGAAUUCGGAAAGAAAUUGUUUCCAGCAUUACCAGACAAGUUUUGUACUUGCUAACUGAGAAGACUGCAUCAUCAUAUGAGAUAUCCAUGUAAAUGAUCAUAAAUGAGUUAU